AUGGAAAGAGAAGUAUCGAGAUUUUUACAAAUGUUUAAAUGUGAGCGUCUAAGAGGGUGUGUUACCUCGAACCUUUGGGAAUUUCCAUGUGGCACCAACACCCCCAUCGAGUCUACUUCCAGGAUCUAUUUCAGAGCAGCCUCAGGGGAUGAGCCUCCUGCUCCAGGCAGACUCCCGGAACUGGCAUGCCAGAGCCUGAGGGGUGAGGCCUGGGCCAUCGCUGCUCUGGAGCCGCUGCCCGUGGAGCUCUUCCCACGGCUGUUCACGGCCUUUGCCGGGAAGCACAGCAAAGUCCUGAGGGCGAUGGUGCCGGCGUGGCCUCCCCGGCCUCCCGCUGGGGGCCCUGAUGAUUGGCGGCCUCACCACGGUAUCGUGCAGGCUGCGCUCCACGGACUGGAUGCCCUGCUUGCCCAGGAGACUCGCCCCGGGAGAUGGGAACUGCAGUUGCUGAAUGUACAGAAGGAAGUUCACCAGGAGUUCUGGAUUGUGUGGGCCGGAACCAGGGCCGGUGUGUGCUCCCUGCUGGAGCCUGAGGCCCCGCAGCCCAAGAGGCAGAGGGGGAAGGUGGGAAGUUUAAGGGCGGGGCCGAACCCCCCUUUGGCCGCCGGGGAGGGGUUAGUAGAUCUUUGUCUCAAGAAAUGUACCCUUGAGGAGUCCCUCAGCUACCUCUUAAGAAAGUCAAAGAAGAGGAGGGGUUUGCUGCACCUUUGCUGUAAGAAGCUGAAGGUUUUUGCGGUGUUGAAGCGAAACAGUGACAUCCUGACUAUGGUGCGGCUCUGCUCUGUCCAGGACUUGGAAGUAAGUUUUCCCUGGAAGCUUUCUACUCUGAGGAAGUUCGCUCCUUACCUGGGCCGGAUGGGCAGGCUGCACCGGUCCCUCCCCUCCCACGUCUUUACGUCUUCUCGCACCACCUUGGAGCAGGAGGAGCAGUGUGUCAGCCUGGUCACCCUUCAGUCCCUCAGCCGGCCCCACCUCCGGGCGCUCUACUGGGACGGCGUCUCCUUCCUCAGAGGCCGCCUGCACCAGAUGCUCAGGUGCCUGAAGAUCCCCGGGGAGGCUCUGCCCAUCACUACCUGCCUGCUUUUGGAAAGAGUGAACGUCGGUCAGCUGGAAGGCCUGCCUGCCCUGUGCCACUGCUCCCAGGUCAUGACCUUAAGCUUCUGUGAAAACCCCAUCUCCAUGAGUCUGGAGGACCUGCUUCGCCACCCCAUCGGGCUGAGCAAGCUGAAUUGGGUGCUGUAUGCGGCCCCCUUGGACAGGUACGAGGAAACCAGCGGCACCGUCCACCUGGGCCGACUUGCCCAGGUGCAUGCCAUGCUGGAGCAUAUGCUGCAGGAGUUGGGGCGGCUUGGCAUGGCCUGGCUCUAUGCUUGCCCCUGUCCUCACUGUGGCUAUAGAACCUUGUAUGACCCAAAUCCCAUUCUGUGA